AUGGCUUCCCCAGUUGAGAUUUCUAAAUUUACUGGGCAUUCCCGUUCUAUCAGCCUGCCUUCCAAGAGCCACCCUUUGACUACAACAGUCAAGGAUCAGUUGGAUUGGCUGAGAUCAUCAGAAGAAACAUCCUCAUCUGUGUGCCAAAAUUUAGGAGGCCUCAAAAACUUGUACGAAACCAUCAAUGAUUUGCUUCAGUUACCCCUCACUCAACAGGCUAUCUCCCAUGAUGAUCACAGCAAACGCAUCAAGGAGUUGUUGGAUGUAUCGCUCAGGCUGUUGGACGUUUGUGGAACUAUUAGAGAUGUGUUCUCGCAAAUGAAGGAAUGUGUUCUGGGGCUAGAGUCGUCACUUAGAAGAAAGAGAGGAGGUGAUUCUGGCCUACCAAGUGAAGCUGAGUCAUCCAUGAAAUCUAAGAAAAGACUGCAGAAAGUCAUCUCCAAGAUUUCAGAGAAUUUGAAGAGAGUGGAGAAGAAAAAGAAAGACUCUAAACAAGAAGCUGCUCUGAGCAUGCUAAGAGAAGCUGAAGAUAUUAGUCUUUUGGUAUUUGAGUCCUUGUUAUGUCUCUUAUCUGGGGCAAAGGCAAAAUCAAAGAUUAAUGGUUGGUCUUUGGUUUCCAAGCUUGUCUUGUCCAAACAUGUAUCCUGCGAAGAGAAUGUAAAUGACAACAAUAUGGAAGGGUUGGAUGUUGACCUGUCUGAUCUAAGGUCUGUCAAAGACAUGAAGCUUCAAGUACUAAAGCGACUGGAGGCAUUAGAGUCAACCAUUCAGGAAAUCGAAGAGGAUUUAGAAUGCCUACUUAGGCUUUUAGUGAAGACAAGAGCUUCUCUUCUCAACAUUCUCAACCAUUAG